AUGCCGGAUAAUCAGCAAGAUGAGGGUGCUCAACCGUUCCUCACGCUCAGUGCUCACAGAGACCUGAUUCACUGUGUAUGAAUCGCCGGAAAAUAUAUUUUUGCUUGAUUCGAAAGAUUACAGGUUGCAUUCGAUGUACACGGUCGCAGAAUGGCUUCUUGUGCCAGUGACAUGACCAUGGCUAUCUGGGACCGCCAAACCAACGGAAAAUGGCGCCGAUCGGCUCACUGGAAGGUAUUUAAUCGGCGCUACAACGGAUUAGAACUUGAACGGAAUAGAACUGUUACGAAAUAGAACUCCUAGUUGUUUUUUGGCGUUGGGAGUUCUAUUUCGUGACUGUUCUAUUCCGUUCAAGUUCUGAUCCAUUGUAGCGCCAUUUAGUCACCAGUUUUUGUUCAUCUCAUCCAGCGUUUUAGUGUCACGGAGGAGCUGUUUGGAGAGUAAUGUGGGCUCAUUCGGAAUUUGGACAACUAGUCGUGUAAGCCUGCUUUCUUAAAAUUUCGUAAAUGAUAUUUUGUUCUAGAACAUGUUCCUAUGACAGAAACAUCAUUAUUUGGGAAGAGCAAAUCGUGAGACCUGAAAAAGAUUUGAGUAGGUCGUCUAAAGUAUUAAUUGACGAAAAACAAAUAAAGUUCAGAGCAAAAAGAAAGCCAAUGGAUUCGUCGUACAAUCAUCGGUGACAACCGCUCUGAUGUAACUGAUGUGACCUUUUCUCCUCGACAUCUCGGACUCAUGAUGGCUUCUUGCAACGUCCUCGGAGCUGUCCGAAUCUAUGAAGCGCCAGACAUUGUGGAUGCAAGUCGCUGGAAUCUCAUCCACGAGCUGCAGGCGUUCCAUACGCGAUGUGGCUGCAUCGCUUGGUCCCAAUCUCGCAUGCACCGCCCGCUGAUCGCAGUCGGGUCCGACGAGAAGAAAGCAGAAGGAACGGAGAGAAUUGUGAUUUAUGAAAAUGUUGACGGCUUGCGAAAAUGGCAACGGAUUCACGGACUCAACUUUGACUUUGCCUGUCCUCUCACUGAUCUCAAGUAAGGCGCUUCUGCUCGUGUCACAAAAAAAAUCAGUAAAAUUUGUUCAGAUUCUCCCCGAUCGCCAUGGUGGACUGCCAUCAAUUGGCAAUUGCCGCAGGAGACGUCCACGUGUACAACAUAAUGGUGGCAAGACACUCGAUUCUCGAGGAAGAAGGAGUCGAGAACCCGAUUCGACUGACUGACUACAAAAACAUAAAAGUGGCCCUUCUGGGAGACAACCGACGGGCGUGGCGUCUCCGGUACAAUCUCAUGGGCUCUGUCAUCUCGUCCACCACUUCUGAUGGAUCUCUUCGAUCUUGGAAAUGUACGCGCUCCUUUUUCAAGUUUUCAAUUGUACAUUCCGUUAUUUUUCAGCGUUAUUCGUGAACCAAUGGGUCAAACUGAGCGAAAUGAACGUGGACGACUACGUUCCGACGAAAGAAGAAAUUAAUGAAAUCGUCGGAAAGACGAAGACGAGCGAACGCCUUCCAGACCAAAUCGAAAAGUUCUUCUUCUGA